CCAAGCGGACUAGACAGGGUAUAAGUUCCCCUGUCUGUACACCAGGUCUCCUUCAGAUGCGGAGUGGAAGAGAUGAAGGUGCUCACAGCAGCAGCACUCAUCCUGCUCUUCUUUUUCUACACUGUGGAUGCAGGGACACGUGAAUACACUUCUGUCAUCACUGUGCCCAAUGGAGGCCACUGGGGAAAGUGGGGCAUUCGGCAGUUUUGCCGCAGUGGCUACGCCAAUGGAUUUGCGCUGAAGGUUGAGCCCUCCCAGUUUGGCAGAGAUGACACAGCUCUGAAUGGAAUACGGCUGAGCUGCCCUGAUGGCUCAGUCAUUGAGUCCUUGGUGGGGAAGUGGGGUACCUGGACCAGCUUCUUGGUUUGCCCUACAGGCUACUUGAUCUCCUUUUCACUGAGAAUGGAGAAGUCUCAAGGAGGAGGUGAUGACACAGCAGCCAACAACAUCCAGUUCAGAUGCUCAGGUGAAGCUGUUCUAGUAGGUGAUGGACUAUCAUGGGGAAGAUUUGGCCCAUGGAGCAAAAGAUGCAAAAUAUGUGGUCUCCAGACAAAGGUAGAGUCACCACAGGGACUUCGGGAUGAUACAGCGCUCAACAAUGUGAGGUUCUUCUGCUGCAAAUGAGCACUUUCUCCAUCUUCAUCACCAUCCCAUACAUCCCACAUCACACAUCCAAUGAGACAUCAUCAAAGCUUUGCUCUAAGUUUUUACAGGGGAAUGUCUGUGACUUGCUGACUAAAUCCAGUUUUUUGAUCUAGAGGGGAGAGGUGAGAGACAGAACCAUGAAAGAAACAGCAAAAAGGAAAGUCAGAGGAAGAACAAGUCCAAACAGAAAUGAAAUGGAGGAGAGAGGCCCAUUUUAGUGACUUAACUUCUUGUGGAUUAACUCCUUGCACCUUUGAUUUCUUGUGGCUUAGCUUCUGCUUGUGUCUUUCCAUGCCAUCUUACAGAAUACUUAGACAGUGCCUUAAAUUAUGAUACUUCUCACAGCCUCCAUUGCUUUAUCAUAACCUCUCAGUUACCCAACGGUAUUGCAUUUAAUACAUCACAUUAUGUAACAGAUAGUAUGUCACUGUGACAAGGUCCAGUCUCUGACAAUUACCUACAACUGCAGAAUAGACAUCUCACCUCCUUUUGCUCUGACUGGUGAGUUUCUUUCAAGUUUGCUUUGCCUGUUUGUUCCUUUAUUUGAAACAGCAUUUGACCUCUUGACAUGACCAAAAGGAAGAAAGGACAUUACUUUGGAGUUGUGCUUUAACCCAGAAGGCAGCUUAGCUCCAUGCAGCUAUUUACUCACUCCCCACACCCAAUGGGAUGGGGUCAAGAAUGAGAAAAAAAGCCCACAAAGUAGAACUCAUGGGUGGAGGUGAGAACUGUUUACUAAUACAGAAAAAGUAGAGAAAAAAAUAAUGGUAAUGAUAAUAUACAUAGAAUCAUAGAAUCAUAAAAUCAUAGAAUCAUAGAAUCAUAGAAUUGCUCAAGUUGGAAAAGAAUUUAAAGAUCAAGUCCAGCCACAACCUAAACAUACUACUCAAACUCAAACAACCCUCUGCUAAAUCAUGUCCACAUAUAUGUAAUGAAGUAAGAGAUGCACAGUGCAAUUCUCAUCAUCUACCAACUUAUGCCCAGCCAGACCCUGAGCAAUAGUUGCCUCCUGCAGCCAACUCUUCACAGUUCUACAGCUUCUGCAUGACACCAUCUGGUGUGGUACAUCUCUUUGUUUGGUUUGUGUCAGCUGUUUUUGCAGUUUAAUUUAGUCAAGAGUUGUAUGCAUAUUUUUAGUAGUCCUUUGGGUCAUAGCAGAGAUCCUGCCUUAGGGAACAUGGCUAGAAAGUGUACUUACAUUGUGCAUUCACUUAAAUGCUAUGUGCCUGAGUUGUAGCUCACUAAACUGCUCUUGCUUCUGUUUUGGAUUGUGCUCUGCUUGUUCACCUAGAAGUUAAUGCUAAACUCAAUAUUGUGGGCCUUGGUUUUUUUUUGUUUGUUUCCCUCAGGCUUCGUGCUUCAAACAGGAUUAGGGAGAAUCCACAAUAAUCAUCCAUCAUCAUUCAUCCAUUUUUUUAUGUUCAAAUUUGCUGGAUAAGUUUGAUGUUAGAGACUUGUACUCUUGGUUUUGGGAAAAAUUGUGCCUGGAGUUUGUUAUCAAGCCCUGUGUCUGUGCCAUUAGACCUCUCUGAUAAGAGUUCAAGAAGACUUAUUGUCUCUCUGAGCAUCUUUUAAGAAGUGUACCUGUUACUCUUCCUACAAAGCAAUGGAUCUUUUUGCACUUUGGACAAGGCAGGGGCUUGGUGCUGCCCUGCUCCGGGUGAUGAGCUGGGCUGUGUUGUCCGAGGACACAGCCAUGUGGAGCAUGACGCAGUUCACUUCCUGUGCUUAUCACAUACACAACAAACAUCACUGUUUUAACUCUUCCUCCAUAAUAAAUUUUCUUCUUAUCACCUGCACAAAAAAUACUACAGCAAUAACCACAUUUUCAUUUAAGAGCAAUGUAAAAAUAGGCUAAAAAGCAGAUCAAGCUUAAUAUUUGCUAUUUUUAAAAGAGUUUUGAUAAAAAAUCAGGGGAUUACUGUGGAGUAGCCCACUGGUUUAUUUCUGUACUGUUUCUGGUUGCAGCGCUCCACAUCUAAUGCCUGAUGCAAUAAAGUUUAUCUGGCUCAGAGAAGUGAGGGUAUGAAUUUUAUUGGUGAAAACAACACCCAUCACAGCAAGUUCAUUGGAGGUUGGGUGUUUUGUAAUGUUUUCCAGUGCUGGCCUUUGGAGCAUACA